AUGGCCGUUAAAAGCGUGUUUUUGCUAGCUGCUUUCCUGACCGGCUGUAAUAUCAUAACCAAGGUCGCUGCAGUGCAAAAAAACACAACGGUAUUAAUUCUUGGAGGCGGGAUUUCAGGAAUUGCUGCAGCAAAAACAUUGAGCGAUCAUGGAAUUAAGGAUUUCAUAAUCUUGGAAGGAACGGACAGGAUCGGCGGACGAAUGAGAAAGAUGGAGUUUUUCAACAACACCAUUGAGCUGGGAGCAAACUGGAUUCAAGGAGUCAAGAACAACCCCAUUGAAGAUUUGGCGCUAAAAUGUGGAUUAAAAGGAAAGGCUGAGGUCAGAUCUUUUGUGAUACGAAAUGAAACUGGAUACAACACAACAAUGAAAGGUAAAAUGGCGCAACUGAAAUAUGAUGAAGAAGUCCUGGACAAAAUACGACUCCAGCGUCGAAAGUUGCACCAGGCGGAUAUUUCUAUGCGCGUUGCAUUGCGACUUGCAAACUGGCUUCCUCUCACACCGGAAGAAGAUGCUGCAGAAUAUUUUGAAUAUGACUUUGAAUACGCCGUCCCUCCCAAAUACAUCUCGUUAAGAACAUGGAUCGCGGACAAUGGGAGUAUUCACUCGGUUGGUGGCGAGCAGUUCUUUGUAACCGAUCCCAGGGGGUAUGUUCACAUUGUGGACUGUCUCGCGGAUAUGUUUCUGGAACCAAAGGAUCCACGGCUGCAAUUGAACACAACUGUAACGGAAGUGAAAUGGAAUGAGAACGGUGUUUACGUCACUUCUGACAAUGGCGAUGUGUACACUGCAGAUUACGCUCUGGUCACAUUUAGUAUUGGUGUACUGAAAAGUGGACUUGUCAAAUUUACACCUCAACUGCCCAACUGGAAACUGGAGGCGAUUUUCAAGAUCAACAUGGUUGUCUAUACCAAAAUUUUCUUAAAAUUUCCAGGGAAAUUUUGGGACGAUAACGAGUACAUUCUUUACGCUUCCAAAAGAAGGGGUUAUUAUUCCAUGAUGCAGAAUCUAGAAGCGGAUUCUCGUUUACCAAAAGGAACCAACAUCCUUCUGGUCACUGUAACCGGAGACGAAUCGGCCAGACUGGAAUACCAAAGUGAUGAGCAAACACAGGAAGAAAUAAUGGAGGUACUGAAAAACAUGUAUGGUCCAAAUAUCCCUGAGCCACUUGGUAUCCACUACCCUAAAUGGGGACGGGAUCGAUAUUUCUUCGGAUGCUGGUCAAACCUUCCGAUCGGAAUAUCGAGCGACGAUUACGUCAAUCUUCAGAAGCCAGUCGGGUCUGUAUUUUUCUCGGGAGAAGCCACGCACGAGUUGUACAAUGGUUACGUUCAUGGUGGGUAUAUAACAGGCGUGCAGCAAGCAGAGAAGAUAGCUAUGUGCGUAAAGAAAGGUUCGUGCAACUAG